CACUGUGAGUAUCCUAGUGGAUGAUCUGACUUCUCAAAGCUCAGAGAACCUUUGCACAGUGCUGCUCAACAGCAAGAAGAAUAAUCAGCAAUGCCAUAUUUAUGUCGCAAGAAUGCAUGGUUGCCACUGACAUUGGGAACUUCCACAGGAUUUUUCUUUGCUUACUUCAUGGUUUACACACUUUUUGGACAAAAAUCACAUCUGUUAGAGAUUCGUUCAUGGAAGAAUGCUGAAGACCUGCCAGGGGAUGGAAUCUCCCAUUUUCAUCUUCCAGAAGACAGUAGUGAGAGUGAGGAACUCUCGAAAAAGGUCAGAGUACUUUGUUGGAUCAUGACUGCACCAUCAAACCUAAAGACCAAAACUAUUCAUGUGAAGAAUUCCUGGACCCGCCACUGCAAUGUAGCGCUAUUCAUGAGCUCCACCACUGAUGACAACUUCCCCACAAUUGGUCUGGAAACUGGGGAAGGCAGAGACAAACUUUUUUGGAAAACAAUACGCGCCUUCAAUUAUGUCCACCAGCAUUACUUAAAUGAGAUGGACUGGUUCCUCAAGGCAGAUGAUGAUACAUUUGUAAUAGUGGACAAUUUACGAUGGAUGCUUUCAAAUUAUACCCCUGACCAGCCUAUUUACUUUGGGAAGCGCUUCAAACCAUAUAUCAAGCAGGGCUACAUGAGUGGAGGAGCUGGAUAUGUUCUUAGCAGGGAAGCUCUUAAACGCUUUGUGGAAGGUUUCCGUACUGGUGUCUGCAAACACUUAACCCCAACAGAAGAUGUAGCAUUGGGUUUCUGCAUGCCGCUAGUGGGAGUGAUAGCUGGGGACUCAAGGGACACUGAGAAAAGAGAGACUUUUCACCCAUUUUCCCCCGAAGUCCACCUUAAUGUGAGAUAUCAUCACAAUAAGCUACACUGGUACUGGAUCUACAGUUUCUAUCCUGCUGUGGAGGGCCCCCAGUGCUGCUCAGAUCUGGCUAACUCCUUUCAUUACAUUAGUCCUGAAUACAUGUACACUUUGGAAUAUUUUGCGUACCACCUUAGACCAUAUGGAUACCAAUAUCGUUACCAGCCAUUGCUACCAGAGAAUGCAGACAAGCUCCCUGUUCACACUCAGAAUGAAACUGUGCAAUCUAAUAGAACCAUAUCUGACGUUGACAUCAAACCUUGAAUUCCUGAGACUUCAUGGGAAUUUGGACUUACAAUUAAGUCUUAGAAUGAUCUAGACAAUGACUCCCUAUGAUAUUUUGUUUUCAACCUUUUUUGUAUUUUACUGUGUAUAAUAUUUGAUGACCAUCUCUUGUCAGUUUAGAAUUUUAACUAAUAAUUACUUGCUAGGUUAGCUAACAGCAACCAAGCACUUGUAAGAAUGAAGAAUGAAUAGAGGAUUCCUCAACAGCUAUGGAAGCAGUAAAAAAAUAUAGUUCUAGCAGUGAAACAAAUGAAAACCAAGAGCAAAAUAGCAAUAUGUCCAAAGGUAAAUCCGAUUUAAUGCAUAUGUCAUGUAAUAAAGGCAUUAUGUUUAUCCAGGUGCAGUUACCCAUAGCAGUAAAUUAACAGAUAGCAUUUACUGAUCACCUGUUUAAAAGUAAACAUCUUUUUGGUUACUAUCAGUUACUGCAUCUGCGCAAACUUGGUGCUUUUUAUAACAUAUGGGGGUUAGUAUCUCAGUGCAUGAGUUCAAUGCUUAAUUUCAGGUAGCUACUCAUUUGUAGUCAGCAUCAAAGCUAUGGAACAUGUAUGUACAGUAUGAUUGCCACCAUCCAUUGGCGAAAUUCAUUGUCACUUGAAAACAAAAUAGGCCACAGACUGAACUGAACUAGUACUUAGAACCCCAUUCUGCACACAUCAGCAUGGUUAAUGUGAGCUCUGUCAAGUCAGUUUAAGCAAAAGCCAUUUUUAAUAUUGUGGCUCACCCAAAUCGCCUGGCAAAAGCAGUGACAAGGAAAGAAGUCAGAACUCACCCAUAUAAAAAUGAUGCAUGUCUGACAUUAGUCACUUUCCUGGGCAAAAAUAUAACCAUAAGGGUAAACAGCACCAUCCAAAGUUCAAAAGCCUGUUUACUUGCACCCCACACUGGCAGGUGAAGUCUAAGGUAUUAACAUUUUCUGCACUCUUUGGUGGUGCUGCUUUAUUAAAAACCCUCUGAGUAUCUCUUGCACCUACAGUAAGCUAUGCCAGGAUCUAACCUCAUAUAGUCCUAUCUUGCACAUAGCCUCCUACUAAGGGUCUUCUUCCACCCCCUUUAGCAAGUGAGGUCCAAAGAGGCAUAACCACGAGACCCCUCUCCUUUUAUGCACUUGGAACCACAUGACAUCCCUGACCACUAAAAAACAACCAGUUGCCCCAGGCCAUGCCUGACCAAUAGAAGGAAAAAUCCUCCCAACUCUGUGCAGACCCCGCUCAUACAUGGAAUUCUCUUCAUUACCCACAGGACGUCAAAACUCUGGGAAUAUGAUUUCUGCCCUUUAAGUCUUUGCCCCACCCCUAAACACCCUUUCCCCUAUUUUACAACUGGAAAUACGUUAUUAUUUCAGUCAUGUGACACAAAUUACAUCACUAAACACAGAUUAUAACUAAAGCACUGUUUACAAUAAUAUAUUGUAAAGGAUUUUCAUUACACUGGUGCAGUAUAAGGAUAUGUUCUAUUUUACAGUUUAUUCAACACUUUUGUAUAAACAAUGUGUGUGUAAUGUCAAUUUAUAUAAAAACCUUUUAGGUUCCUUGUUCAGUUUUUAAAAUAAAGGACAUUUCCUGUUCAGCUAAAA